AUGCCUCCACUAAACGGUUUCUCAAACAACCCGUUCAAGACCCACGCCGACUUCAAAACCGCAUCAAUAGCACUCCUUCGCGCACUGAAGCCAUAUCAAUCACCCCAUGGCGCCCGAAUCAAACUCCCAUUAUCAACCGGUACCCAUUUCGACGAUGUCGCGGCCCAGCUUGAAGGCUACGCCCGGCCGCUAUGGGCAGUCGGUGCGCUGAUGCACUCGAACAUUAUGUCUAAAGACGAGUACGAAGAGCUCAUCAAACCCUACGCCAUAGGCCUGGCCAAUGGCACCAACCCACAUCACGAAGAGUACUGGGGCCCCGUCGUAUUACGCGAUCAACGAAUGGUGGAAAUGGAGAUCAUCUCGUUCGCGCUGCUAUCAGCUCCAGAGACCAUGUUCCAUUCGCAGUCUGAAGAAGCGAAGAGGAAUAUCACGGAGUGGCUGGGGACUAUCAAUGGCAAAGACUUCCCCACGACAAACUGGCUGUGGUUUCGGGUCAUGACUAACUUGGCGUUGAUCAAAGUAUGCGGCGUACCCAAAGAGCAUGUUCUCGAUGCGAUGAAAGCGGAUUUGGAUCUCAUGGAGCAGUUCUACCGAGGAGAUGGCUGGGCGGCAGAUGGUAUCUGGAGCGACGAAGGACGACAAGCAGACUACUAUUCCGGCAGCUUUGCAAUCCAAUUCUCGCAGCUUAUCUAUGCGAAGAUGGCACAGGAUCUGGAUCCAGAGCGGUGUGAGAGGUUUCGGGGUAGAGCGAAGGAAUUUGCAGUGUCUUUCUGGCGGUACUUCGACACGAACGGUGCCGCUAUACCCUUCGGCCGCAGUCUAACAUACCGUUUCGCAUUCGCUGGAUUCUGGUCCGCCGUCGCUUUCGCCGAGCUCGAGCUCCCGAAACCACUCUACGACUGGGGCGUGAUCAAAGGCCUUUUGCUCCGGCACUUCCGCUGGUGGAGCAAGAAAGACGACAUGUUCAACAUCGACGGCACUCUGACAAUCGGCUUUACCUACCCCAACAUGUACAUGAGCGAGGACUACAACAGCCCGCAAUCUCCCUACUGGGCCAUGAAAUCUUUCCUAGCGCUAGGACUGCAGGAAGACCACCCGUUCUGGACUGCGGAGGAGAAGCCUUUACCCAGCGGGGAAGUGGCAGUAAUGCCAGUUAAACCGGCUAUGCAUAUCCUCUCCAACCGGCCAAACCAUCAUUUCCUCCUUUCCAUGGGCCAAUUUUGUCCUUGGCCGCUCAAAGCCACAGAAGCCAAGUAUGGAAAAUACGCUUACUCAUCGCACUUUGGUUUCAGUGUGCCUACUGGCACCUUGAUACAGCAAAUCGCACCAGACAGUACGCUCGCAGUGAGUAAAGAUGGCGGGAAGACAUGGCGGGUACCAUGGAAGGUCACAAACCACCGCUUUGCUACUGCGCGAUUGAUGCGCAACGACGAAUUUAUAGAAGACAUACCGUGCCUGACGAGCACUUCGAAGCCCUGGGCCGACGCCGAUAUAACGGUACAAACACACAUCGUAGCUCCUUGCUCGCGCUGGCCAGAUUGGUAUCUCCGCUGGCACCGCCUCACCAACAACGGGUCUAGUGUUAUCAAUAUCCAGGCCGUUCAAGGUGGUUUUGCGAUCCAAGGCCGCGGCGAUAAGCACGGCGAAGUCUUACCAACACACGCACAUAGCUCUGAGUUCUCCAUCCAAGCAAGUCGUAGCAACGCAUCUUUCCCGCAAGGCACGGUAACAACUCAGGACUCAACACUCAUCUGCUCCAACGCCGGCGCCAGCGGCAUCGCUGCCCUCGAUUCACACAGCACCGACCUUUCAACGAUGAAAACGUAUGCGGAAGUCCUGAAACCGGAUGCGAAUACGAAUUUGAUGUGGCAGCGUACACUUAUACCCGCUAUUAGGAACGAGUUGAGCAUCCCGCCAAAUACAGGAGGACAAUUAGCUUCUGAGUUUGGCAGCGCGGUGUUUGCUCUGGCUAGGACGAGUGAUAGAGAGGAGCGGUACGUGGGCUUGGAGCAUAGUGAGUUGUGGGGUGAUGUACCAGUACUGGAUACUGGGAGAGGAAAGCAGAGGGAUGGGGAGUGGUAUAUUAAGCUUGAGUAG